GCUAACAAAAGAAAAAUUCAUUUUAACAUUGUUUAAUAACAUAAUUUCGCUCAAGAAAGAGAGAUCAAAGAUGUUUACAAUAUUAUUUAGUUUUUACUUUGGAGAGAUGCUGCAUACAUGUGUUGCGUUUUAAAACGUGCAGUAUUUACAUAUAAAUCGAUACUGUGUUUCGUAUGGUAGGCACAUACUUUAUUCAUUGUGUGAAAGGAAACUAUAUACAGCGGAUAGACGUUGCAGGUGUGUGGUUACAAACUUUUGUGUGAGGUUUUGAAAGUUGGGUAGGCGGCUCUAGGCCGAGAAGCUCUGAAAACUGUUUACUGCCUCCAUAAACCGGAAGUGACGUCAUUUAUCCGGAAAACGUAGAAUAAAGCCUGGAUUCGGCGUACGGAAAUAAAAAUCCUUUUAUGAAUCAGUGACAACCUGGUGGACACAAACAGUUUCAUUCACCGUGUAUGAAAUACCGAAUAAAGAGAAAAUAACGGAUAUACGCUGCAGUUAAAUGCCAUUACGUGCACUGAUACGUGGCGCAAGAUACAGUGCCUAUUUAUACUCAACGUGCCGGGGAAAGUGUCGUACUCAGCUACGCAUUAAGAGGCAUUAUACAGUGUUUGGAAUGGAGCACGGUACUGAAGGAGGUAGCAGCCUUGACAAUGAUAACAAACUGACAUUAUACGAGAGAAAUUUAAUGCCUGAUUGGCGAAUAGUAAAUUAUGAUCCAAAGACAGGGACUAACGUACCCAGCAAAGAACUUGCGGUAACAAAUGUUGACCUGAAGAUCCAUGAAAACACGACCGCCCAUAAUACUGCAGAAUACGACAUCGCUAAAGCUGGUGUCUAUGAUGAUAUUGAACAACUUGUUGUCAGACGUGGACAAGAGUUUGGAAUGACGAUAGAAUUCAAUAGACCGUGUGAUAUAACAAAAGAUGACUUAAGAAUUAUCUUAGAAUUCGGAGCAAAUCCAAGACCAUCAAAAGGGAGCCGUGUUGAUUUAAAACCGUCAGAAAAAGAGCUUCAGCCUAACGAAUGGGGGGCCUUUAUCAAAUCCAAGGAUGGUAAUCGGUUAAACGUAGUUAUUUUGACUCCACCAAACUGCCCAGCUGCUAAAUGGGUACUGAAAAUUGAUGUUGUGAAACAGAAGGACAGCGAAAAGACCCUUUACAGAUACGUGCACACUGAUCCAUUGUAUAUUCUAUUCAAUCCUUGGUGCAAAGAUGAUCAUGUAUACAUGGAGGAUGACGAGCUUAGAAAAGAGUAUGUAAUGAACGAAAAUGGUGAAAUCUAUGUAGGAAGUUACCGGAGUAUAAGACCUCGUAAUUGGGAAUUCGCUCAGUUCAGUGGGAAUGUACUGGAAUGUGUUAUGUAUCUUCUGGAUGACGUCUCUAAAAUCAAAGAUAAUUUCCGAGGAGAUCCAGUGAAAAUUACAAGAGAAAUGUCUAGCUUGGUUAAUAGCUGUGAUAACUCGGGUGUCCUAGCUGGCAAAUGGGCAAGCAAAGAAGAGCAUUACAGUGCUGGAAAAGUUCCAUGGUACUGGACCGGAAGUGCCGAGAUUUUGGAUCAAUAUUUAAAGAACAAGAAACCAGUGAAAUAUGGACAAUGUUGGGUAUUUUCUGGAGUUUUGACAACAGUAUGCAGAUCCCUAGGUAUACCAGCAAGAAGUGUGACCAACUUUGCAUCAGCACACGAUACUGAUGGUAGUAUAACCAUAGAUAAACACUUCAACAGUAAAGGGGAAGAAAUUGAGGAGUUAAAUUCAGAUUCUGUUUGGAAUUUUCAUGUAUGGAAUGACGCCUGGAUGGCUCGUCCUGAUUUACCACUAGGUUAUGGUGGCUGGCAGGCAAUUGAUGCUACACCACAGGAGGAAAGUAUGGGAGUGUACCGCAUGGGACCGAUGCCAAUAAAGGCCAUAAAGCGCGGGGAUUUGAAUAACCAAUAUGACGGACCCUUUGUGUUUUCCGAAGUGAAUGGCGACAGACUGACCUGGUAUCCAAAUGACGAGGGAAUUAUGACGAUAACGGAAAUAAACAAACACAGCAUUGGGAAGCGUAUCAGUACAAAGAUAGCGGAAGGUAGAACACCUGCUGCUAGUUGGGCCAAUAGGUUUUGCCCAAACAGGGAAGAUAUAACACAAGAGUACAAGUUUGAGGAUGGUAGUCCCGAGGAAAGAGAAGCUAUAAAACGAGCCCAUAUGCAUUCAUCUAGAAAAGGGAUAUACGAAGAUAAGAAAUGGGAUACUUCGUUCGAGCUGGAUCUCAAUCGUGAAAUAAUGAUUGGCCAGCCCUUUCAGCUGAAUCUAAAAAUCAAGAACAUGAGCGACAAGAACAAGACUGUUUCCGGCACUACAAUUGUGAAGAGCACUGAUUAUAGAGGAGAAGUGAACUCGACAAUCCUUUAUCGGUUCCUGACAGGAGGAGACACCGUUCUGACGCCAAAAGAAGAGAAGCUCAUAAGUUACGAUAUGCCGUUUGAGGACUACUUUUAUAGGUUGGCUCUUGAUGAAUGCUUUCUUAAGAUAACCUGUUUAUGUACAGUAAAAGAAACACAUCAGAUCUUUUCCGCUAUUGAAGAAAUGGAGCUUACCAAGCCGAAGCUUACAACCAAGGUAUUGACGGACGGGAAAGUUAGUGUAGGACAGAAGUUUACAGUAGUAACCACCUUCGAGAACCCUCUUCCAAUUCCCUUGACCGAAUGUGAACUGAAAGUAAAUGGUCCAGGGCUUCGUUUACCUGUGAUCUACGCUCCUGAUGAUGUGUUGGAAGGAGGAACAUUCAAAUAUGAGUUUGAAUUAACCCCUGUGAAGUCAGGCAAGAAAAACGUCAUGGUGACCUUUAAUUCGAAGGAACUUCACUCGAUCGAAGGUUCACACAAAAUGGAAAUAUCUGCAUAACUGAUAACGGGAGUGUGUACCUCCACAAACUUGGAAGCAUGCAUAUAAAGAAAUGUCAACAUAUCAUAUACAGCUUUGUUAAUACAUUUAUCUUGUUAAGAAAUAUUCAUUUUAUGUGUCAAAUAAUCAUAUAUAUGCUGAGGCUUAUUGUCUAAACGUUUAUGCAGUUUAAAGAGACAGUGCCGAUAUUAAUAUCUAACUGAUAUUAGUAUCAUCAAAGGAAACGCAUUUGGCUUCUAAAUAGUGUUAUUGUUAUGUAGACAUCAAAGUACAAUUUCUGUAUAUUUAAUUUUCUGCAUAAAAAUACAUCUAUUGUGGCUACAACUACAUGUUGCUUCAGUACAAUGACAAAUGACAAUCAUCGUUAUAUCAAUGAACAUAUAUUUUGGACCCAAAACUUGUGUCACUGGGUCAUUUUGUGUUAGGCUCAUAUGAUGGGUCUUUAUUAAUUGACUGGGUGUUAUUUUUAAAGUCAUGUAAAUGUAGCCAGUAUCUUUUUAAAUGUUCUUAAACUUAAUCGUAUCUGAAAGCUUCUAUGAAGGGUUUUAAAUAUACAUAAUAUAUAUUCUUUUUAAAAAGAGGUGGUUCGAAAUGUCAUACAGAUUGAUUUUUCCAUUCGCAAUGCAACUGUUUUAAUAGCUGGAUGACUUCUACUUUUUGUCUUUUGUAAUGGUUUUAACGAAUAAACUCUUUAUUACCAAA